AUGAAGUCACGUCGACCAAGCUGCAGCCACUCUGGAUCGGAGCCUUCAUCACCAGACUCUAAGAGUCCAGGAAAAUAUGAGACUGCCACAAGGCGACGAAUGGCUGCCAACGCCAGAGAAAGGAAGAGGAUGCAGGGUUUGAACACAGCCUUUGAUUGCUUGCGAAAAGUGGUCCCUCAGUGGGGCCAGGACAAAAAACUGUCCAAGUAUGAAACUCUGCAGAUGGCCCUCAGCUACAUCAUGGCCCUCAACCGGAUCCUGACAGACCCAAGGAGGCACAACGCUCCUUACAAGCAGUGGCUAAACCUGCAAUUUGACUGUGUCCAGCCUGAAAACUACCCCUGUCUGAGGUACGACUCUCCAGCUGGACGGGAGUGUAUGCAUUCAUCAAUAAUACAUCCGUUCCGGAGCCAUUAUGUCCCCACAUGAACAUGCGAUAGAUAGACCAGUUUUCUCUCCUUCUUUUGGAUGGGAGUGAACAUAUACAUAGAAAGUGACUUUUUUGCCUCUGUUUUUGGUUGUGCUUAAAAGCUUCCACUUUAAGUUUUAUUUCAUUAAUAUUUAAUCAAACGUUUGACUGUUCUGUCAGAAUAUAAGUACACAUUUGUAGAGACCUAUUUUGUGUUAAAUUAUAUAUUUCCAUGAAAAAUAAAAUAUAUUUUGUAUUAAAAACACUCUUUCUUGUUCUUGUCUGAUGGUACAAUCAGUUUCUUUAUGUUUGAAAGAAUACUUGAUGAACUAAGUAAGGAGUUUUAUGAGCCUUAAACUGUAAAAGUUUGUUGGAGCCAUGAAAGAAUGAAAAGCUCUGCAUAACAUCCACAAAAACAGCACAUUUAGUCUCUUUUUUUCCAUUUUGAGCAAAAGUUUUUCAUCAAAUCAUUGGCAGCAUGAUCUCACUUUGUCUUUUUUGUUUGGUCUUAAAGGGCCGUAAAGACAACUACUGAUUUACAGCGCCUUCUCUUUUCUGUGUUUGACAUGUGCUCAGUAAUGGCAGGACACGUCUGCAGUGCUGUCACGCUAUACACCUUUGGAAAUAAACCAUCCUUUUGUUCUCUCCGCCUGUGCUUUUAGAUAAGGCUCAGUGAGAACACAAGUUGGAGAUGCUGCAGGAAAUAAGAAGGGUUUAUGGAGGAGCAAAUAAAAUAAUUGAACCUGUACACUUCUUAACACCACAAGCCAUUGUAAAGUGAGGCAGGCUGUUUGCCUUAUCCUGCCACAGCUUAAGAAAGCAGGCAAAAUUAAAUCCCAUUGUGUGGUAAUGACUGUGUAAUCGCUCUGUUUUCAGCCGCUGAAGCAUGAAAGCCCCAGAACUGGACUCAAACUCGAUCUUUAUUAGGUACAAGACAUCUACUGAAGAACAAUGUUAGCACCCAACUGCUGUUACAUAACCCACUUUUUACUACCUUGCAGUUCAUUUUUUCACCUUAACGUGAGAGGAUGUUUUUAGAUAUUCUACUUCAGUCUGUUUGGUAUGCCUGCCUCUACCAGCAAAAAACACAGAAUCAUAAAUACAUUUAUUAAAUUAAGUAUUAAAUCUAUUUCUCAAAUCAGAAAAGAGCAGAAAUAUGUUACAGCCAUUUGCUUGGUUCUCUGCUUCAAAAAAAAUGAUUUUAGCAUUCACACUGUAUUGUUGUAUUCAUCUCUUUUUAAAUACUUCAAAUGAAGAGGGAGUGGCUAUUUUUUACAGGAGCUUUUUGGAUUGUUGCUCAUCAAAUGUUCAAACUGUGUAACAUUAAAUCUUACAACAUUUAUUUCUUUGUUUUUUUUUGCAUUGGUUGUAUCCUUUUCCAGUUCACUUUACUGAAAGCAAACAAUGACUACUUACAGUGACUUUACCCAAAGCAUCCAAUGAAUGCUUACAGGGACUUAAAAUCACAUUAAAAUGCCUCUUAAUGUGUUGUAAUAUGAUUAUGACCUAUUAAAUGUGUGUUCACAAAAGGAUCAGACAGAGAUGCUCCUGAACUCUGAAACUCUCUUUGAAUUUAAUAAAUAAAUAAAUAACUUUUUUUUUUUAAAACUAUACUUAUUUUUGUACUCUGACUGCAUUAUCACCAUCAUUACCACCAUCUUAAUACUCUUCAUUUUGUUCAAUUUAAUCUAUUGCUUGUGUAUUUAUUCAUUUAUUCUAGUAUUUCUGUCACCCUUUGAGCUUUCAUUCAUUCAUUCACUCAUUCAUUCAUGUUGUGAAGCACUUUGGGCUGCAGGUAUAAAAGGUGUUCCAUAAAUUAAGGUGAGUUGAGUAUUACUAUAUAUGUGACCACAGUGAAAGGUCAGCAAAUAUGAUGCAUUGACCUAUACCCAUAAGUGAUUAGAUAAUGUGUUAUAGUGGUCGCACCUACAUGCACAUUAUAACACACUAUAAGUUUGGUGACAUAAUUUUUAAUGAAUACGGGUAUUAUUAUGAGUUAUGAUCACUGCAUUAACCACUAUAAAUAACCAUAUGACUUUGGUCAUACAUUACAGUGCAUUAUGAGUAUAUUCAUAGUGAGUUAUGAUACGUUAUAGAGACUGUCUCUUUAGGUUUUUAGGUUCAUUUGUUUCAGUGGUUUCCCUCUAUAUCACUGAUCAUUUUCCGUACGCAAAACUCAUAGAUCAUCAUAUAUUAGAGGCACGUGGCAAAUAAAUUACAAUAAUCCCCUGAUUUACUAUAAAAUGAUGGGACUACAUGAAAUGUAACUUGGUUUUGUCACUUCUGUCCUUUUGCCACCUGUACGUGUUUUAUUUGGGUGGCAUUUUUAUGACCAUAAAUCUCAAGCAACCUGCAGCUCCGCCUUUAACAAAGCUGAUGUCAUCCACUCUUUAUAACCAACUCUGUAGCACUGCCCUCUUCAUUCUGCUUCACUUUCCCCUCUGACCUGAAACCUGCCGUUUAUACAGAGGACAGCAGGUGUCCAGCAGCAUGAAGUGCCUGAACAACCGGGCUGAAAGCCACCUGACCGCACAGAUGGAGUGUGAGAUGGAUGGAAAGAGCAUUGGAGCCUGGGUGAACCAGGGCUUCUGUAGUACCCCACCACCCUUGGCCCAAGCUGUAGGAACCAUCUACAACCCACGGCCUCAGAUGGACAGCAUGUAUAGACUGGACACCCCUUCCUCAUUCCCAGAGGGACCACCAUCUACUGAGCAGACCCUGGUGAAGAAACAGAAAGGCUGCUGCACUUUUGUCAAAGGUAGGGAUUUCUUCUCUGUCAUCUGAAUUUAAUGACAAUGGAUGACACCUCACUAAUACUCAAUAAUUAUCUGAUAAAUGGCACAUGGUGUCAUAAAAUUUGAUUUGUUUUAGGCUUGUGGGGCACGACAUUGACUGAAAACACGUCAAACAACAGAGAGUUGUUUGUUCGGACCACACUGCGGGAGUUACUCAUUUAUCUCUUCUUUUUGAUGGACAUAUGCCUCCGUAAGUAUUCAUAUGUUUAUAUUUAUACACAAAUCCCUGUGGAUAUUUCAUUUUUAAUUUCAGUCAUUUAAGAAACUUUUGAGUGAUUUCAACUAUUUUUUGUGAAAAUUAAUGAAUCUCAGCCUAAGAAACUGUUUCACUCACGUAUUGUUACCCACAUAAAUGACCCUUAUGAGAAAAAAGGGCAAAAAUUUGAUGAACACUCUGAAUCUAAAAACUAAUAUUUUAUGUAAUCAUUUAUCUUAUUUGUUUUCAGCAUACUCCAACCAGCUUUGCAGUAAUGGUCAUUAUUUGUUGUCGUGCUCACCAUUUACAGUAUGUGUAUGUAAAGAGCACUUUGGACUGUUGAUUCAAAAGCUUCCCUCCUACUUUAAUGCUUGCCACAAUUGCCCUCCCUGCCCCUGUGCCUGAAAGCCAUUGUCCACCUGAGUGAUGGGAGUGAAAAGGACAUGACUGCUGCUCUCUUGCCUUUUAGUGAUAAGAGCAUUUGGUCUUAGCUUUUGUUGCUUAGAUUACAUUGUUCGCGAAGGCUAUUGCGUCAGGCCGGUGUUCUUGCUCUACAAACAAACGGUGUCUAAUCUACAUCUUUUUAAAUGCAGUGACAUAAAACAUAGCCAAACAAGUCCUCAAUGAGGUCUUUAUUUGGAUGUUUCUGGGUAGCCUUAUCACGAACUGCUGAAUGGAGCAAGAGCCUGAGCAAAGCCAGAUAGUAAUCAACUAUUAAUCUGACUAAACGUUGUGUUUCAGUGACAUAUGGUAUGACCAGCUCUAGCACAUACUACUACACUAAAGCCAUGACAGACCUGUUUGUGAAUACAGCCAGUGACAAUGGAGUGAGGUUUCAGUCCAUUAGCACCAUGGCUGACUUCUGGACCGUAAGUUUUCCUGCACACUAAUUUCUUCCAUGCACACGUUUACAUUAAAUAACUGUGAAACCAGCAUUUGAAAAGUUUUUUUCUGCAAAUUAAAUACAUCCUCCUUCUUUUAUGUCAACAGUACACCCAGGGUCCAUUGCUUGAUGGCCUCUAUUGGACUAAAUGGUACAACAACCAGUCACUGGACAGUGGAAACCAGUCCUUUAUUUACUAUGAGAACAUGCUGCUGGGAGUCCCCAGACUGAGACAGGUCAAGAUUAUGAACAACUCCUGCAAGGUCCACAGCAGUUUCCAGGAUGAGAUAGUUGGCUGUUUUGAUGUUUACAGUGACAAAAAGGAGGAUGAACUUAGCUUUGGUCUCUUCAAUGGAACUGCGUAAGCCUCCAGUAUUUCUCACUUGACUUUGGAUGUGCAACAUGAACAUACAACUGAAAUGUUUUCCUUCCUUCUUCUCUGCAGCUGGACCUACCACACUGAGAAAGAAAUCAAAGGUUCCUCUCACUGGGGCUUAUUGACCACAUACAGUGGAGCAGGAUACUAUCAAGACCUGAGUCAAACUAAAGAGGAGAGUGAAAUCAUACUGAGGGAACUGAUAAAUAACCUGUGGCUCAACAGAGGUACUAGGGCGGCCUUCGUCGACUUUUCCACCUACAAUGCAAACAUCAACAUGUUCUGUGUCAUCAGGUAAACUGCAACUUUCAUUUUACCAGCUGCUGUGGGCUCAACCAUAAAUGACCAGAGUUUAAUCUGCUUCUUUCAGGUUGUUGGUUGAGUUUCCAGCAACAGGUGGUGCAAUCCCUUCCCACCAGAUACGAACAGUCAAACUCAUUCGAUAUGUCACCUACUGGGAUUACUUCAUCCUAGGCUGUGAGAUACUGUUCUGUUUAUUCAUUUUCUACUACGCUGUUGAGGAGAUCCUGGAGCUGCGAAUACACAAGUUUGCUUAUUUCAAGAGCAUCUGGAACAUUCUAGAUAUUAUUGUAAUUUUGGUAAGAAAAUGAGAAGGACUUUAUUUAUCCCAGAGGGGAAAUUCGAUAUUAGAUACUAAUGUUUCAUUUGAUUUAAUUAUUUUUACGUCCAACUUCACGCAAAGUCAAAGAAGUAAAAUCAUUCUCCCUUCCAGCUUGCUAUCAUUGCCAUCGCAUUCAAUGUCUUCCGAACCAUCAAAGUGGACAGUUUGCUGGGCCACCUGCUGGAACACCCUAAUAUCUAUGCUGAUUUUGAAUUUCUGGCCUUCUGGCAAACACAAUACAAUAACAUGAAUGCAGUGAACUUGUUCUUUGCAUGGAUCAAGGUAAAGUGCUAUCACCGUUUACUUUGACACAUAGCUGUAUACCGGGCAUCAUCUCAGAAAUUGAGCGCUUUCCUGUUUUAGGUUUUCAAAUACAUCAGUUUCAACAAGACCAUGACUCAGCUGUCAUCCACCCUGGGUCGAUGUGCCAAAGAUAUCUUGGGCUUUGCCAUCAUGUUCUUCAUCGUGUUCUUUGCCUACGCUCAGCUUGGAUAUUUGCUCUUUGGAACAGAGGUUGAAUCUUUCAGCACCUUCAUCAAGUGCAUGUGAGAAAAGUCAGAAAACAGUGGCUUUGUAUUAAGAUGGAAUGAUUGAGCAAUAACAUAAUAACCUUCAUUCUCUGUGCAGCUUCACACAGUUCAGGAUCAUCCUUGGAGACUUCGAUUACGAUGCUAUUGACCGUGCUAACAGGGUUCUUGGACCCAUCUACUUCCUCACCUAUGUUUUUUUUGUUUUUUUUGUUCUACUGGUAAGUCUCUCUUCAGCAAAAGAUUCCUAACUUUAAAAAUGAGUAAAUAUCAAUUUAUCAAUAUUUACAUAGCUCAAAGCUCCUGUGAGGAGUUCUUUGAUGGUGAUGAAACAGGUGAUGCAUCUCUAUGAUGUUCUCAUCUGUAUAGUGAGACCAUCAGCAACAAAAUUGAUAAUUUUAAUAUUAAAAAUGUUAAUACCUGUAACUGCUGUCAGGGAUAGGUAUGCUAAAGAAAUGACCUUUGCUACUUCUCCCACUGCCAACAUUGACAAGAAAUGAUUCAUUUCAUUCAGUAUGUUUACAUGCAGUUGAAAAAAAUCCAUGUGUUAUGUUAGUCCAAAUGAAACUGAACUAUUGAAAUGUACAUAAAUACGUUAGUCUGACUGAAUCACACUAAAUCAAACUUCUCAUUGUCUAACAUUACUGGAUAAUGCAGUUGGGGAUUAAUUCUCUCUGUCAUGUAUACAGCUCGAGAUAUAAACAUAGCUUGACUUAAAUGUACUGAUUAUAAGAGAAAACAGGUGAAGAUUUUUUUGGAAACUACCUCCCUGUUUGUGAAGAUAAGACAAAUUUGGCAACAAUUUAGGGGUUAUCACUUUGUUCACAGGGGGCGCCAAAAUGAACACAGACAGAGAGCUCUUCACAGGAACUUUAACAUCCUGAAGAGCUAAACUUUGUAGGCCCUGUCAUUAAAAGACACAGAAUUAAAAUACACUGCUAACCUAGAGUUAAUUAUUGAGUCUGUAUUUCUUUAAUUUCAGAAUAAACCAAAUAAAUACACAUCAGUGUGUUAUAAUACAUACAAUAAUAAUGUCAUAAAAUAUGUAAAACAGAGUAGAUUAAAAUGUUUCUUAAACGGUGAAAUCAGAUAAAAUCAAAUGAUUUAAAGGUGUAACUGAUGUUGCACACAACAAGUCUUCAUUGAAAUACUACCAAAUGAUCACAUAUAGAAAACUGACUACAAAUGUGCUUCAUCUUUUAAGUUUCACACAAGCCUCAAAAUACUAAUAACAGUUUUGGUUUUGACUGAUUAACAGGCCUAAAUACAGCCUUACUUGUUUUAUAUGAUAAGUAAUAUAUCUUGUUAGCAAGUCUUAAUAUUUCAGCAUUAUUUUGGUGACGAUAUUUGCGUUGAUGAGUCUGUUUUUAGCUCAGCCUUUUUAAAUACCUGGCUCUGAAUUACUUCUGAUUGGUAGCUGUGAUUUAUGCUGAUUCCUAUAAAUAUGUCUUUGUUUCACAGAACAUGUUCUUGGCCAUCAUAAAUGACACAUAUUCUGAGGUUAAGGAGGAGCUCUCAACCCAGAAAGACGAGCUACAAAUUACAGAUAUCAUCAAACAGGUAAUGGCAGAAGAAAAGAUACAAGAAUAGGCACAGCUAUGAUGGUUGAGUGGAUUACAAAUAAAAGGAUUUUCUUUUGUAAUCUAGAGCUACAUGAGGACAUUUUCUAAGCUGAAACUUAAAAAAGAAAGAAUAUCAGAUGUUCAGAAAGCACUACGAUCUGGCACUGGAGAAAUUGAAUUCAAGGACUUUAGAGAAACUCUGAAAGGGUAAGUAAGAGGUCUGAAUUUAUUAUGUAAGAGGAAUCUGUAGUUAGCAGGGAAACUGGUUUUGGCAGUUAAGUUGUGAAAAGGGUCGAAAUACUUUAAAUCUUUGUGAAAAUACAAGAUAAAUCAGUGUCUUUGAAUCGGUGUAAACCACUGAAUAAGUCCUCUUUUCUAAAUGCUGACAAAACUCUGUUUUCUGUUAUCAAUUCUGAUGAUCUUACAGGAUGGGACAUGCUGACCAUGAGAUUUCUGAAGCCUUCUCACGGUUCGACUGUGAUGGUAACCAAAUUUUAGACGAGGCUGAACAAGAGAAGAUGAAAAUGGAACUUGAAAAAAAGAGGGUUUGUGUCAGAGUCCAUAUUCAAAGCUCAAUGACUCAGCAAAUGAGUAUACUUGUCCAGUCAGGAAUCCCACCUAACGGUAAGAUUCUAGACUGGAACACUUUCUCGCCGAUCUCUGCUGUUACUGAGACUACAGUGGCCAUCGAGUACCAAAAGAUAUUUACGCGAUAAAGAUGGUAACAGAUGCAAGCAAGUCAACUGUUUUAAGGAAUAGAAUGUUUUUUUAUGUUUUAAAAUUCAAAAACGUUAUCAAUACAAAUUCCUGGGCACAAGAACAAAUGCUCUCUCUCCAUCCUCCUUGUUCUUAUUCUGGUAUGUCUUGCUCAGCCAGUGUUUGGUUCCUGCUAGUUUGUCCGUUCUGAGCUACUGUAGGAAAUAUGGUGGUGCAACACAUCAGCCUCUUGAGCGAGGGCCUGCUGCUUCUAUAAUAUUAAAUAUUUUUUCUAAGUCAUCAAAAUUGAAAUGAUCAUUAUAUUCUGUUCAAUAUAAGCUAAACACACUUCUGCAUUAUACAGUCUAUUUCGUUGGAAAAAUGCUGCUAAAUUCUACAGAAUGUACCUUAAAUAGGAGUUCAACCCAUUUCAUGUCGUUUUCACAAUAUUUUUGCUUUGUUUUAAUAAGGCUUGUCUCCAAAAUAAACUAAAAACUGUUGUGUUUGUUUUUCUUUUUUUUGUCAGGAUGCACUUUGUGCUGAGCUCAACAGUCUUGGGAUGGUUUAUGGAAAGGACUUACUGGAGAAGCCUCCUGUAACACUCAAUGAGCAGAAGAACCACUCAGUUCAUUCCUUUGCGGACCAGGAGAGAUUUCUAGGGUCAGAAAGUUAUCAAAUAUUAGCAAUAUUUUUUAUUUUUUUAGAAAAAAUAUGAUUGUAAUUACAAUGGGUGUUUACCACGGUAUCACUCUUUUAUCACCACAAUAGACUUGUCCAACAGGUCCUCCACCUUGAAAGCUCUGUGGCAGGGAUCACAUCUAAGGUUGAGAUGAUUAUGGAGAACCUGGGAUUACUUGUGAAAGCUGAAAGGACUGAAACAGCUGAGAAACGGCAUGUGGCCAACAAUAAUGUGAGCAUAGUUUAUGUGAACUCUCAAAUCUUGUUUUGAACAUCAUUUUUGGUGGCAGUAACAAGAAGGCUGUUCAAAGUAUGGCUCUUUGUUACACCUAGGUUGUUGAUGAUACCAAAGUAGCUGUUAUUAGUAUAUAGAUAUAAAUCCAUACUGUAUUGUAAUGUUUCAGCAACUUAGUUUUUGAGUAUGAUGGUAUAAAUACUGAAAACUAUUUCUUAUUAACCCUCUAGAGUGACGGAGUUCCCUUAGAUGGAGGUGUCCUGAUUCGUUUGGAUAAAGACUCAUCAAGGAGAGUUUGCAGCACCACAUAUGACUGCCGUAUGUGA